AUGAAGUGUCUAUCUUUCUUUACAUGUCUUGUGGGCAUUACCAACGCUGCCUGUCCAUAUAUGACAGGCGAGAUGCCAGGUCUGACCCGUCGAGAUGAAAGUGAUGCUACAGCGCAGACUGAAGAGUUCAUGUCGGAGUUUUACCUGAAUGAUCAGAACGCCUACAUGACCUCAGAUGUUGGAGGUCCCAUCGCAGAUCAAAACAGUUUGAGUGUGGGAGAACGUGGCCCUAGCCUUCUCGAAGAUUUCAUCUUCCGUCAGAAGAUCCAGCGGUUUGAUCAUGAAAGGGUUCCCGAACGCGCUGUGCACGCACGCGGUGCGGGCGCGCAUGGAGUCUUCACGUCUUACGGCAAUUGGUCAAACAUCACGGCUGCCUCCUUCUUGUCCGCCGAGCAGAAAGAGACUCCCAUGUUUGUGCGGUUCUCUACGGUGGCAGGCAGUCGUGGAAGUUCCGAUACAGCUCGUGACGUGCAUGGUUUUUCGACCCGCUUUUACACCGAGGAAGGCAAUUUCGAUAUUGUCGGUAAUAACAUUCCCGUGUUCUUCAUUCAGGAUGCUAUUCUCUUCCCGGAUUUGAUCCAUGCUGUCAAACCCCGAGGCGACAAUGAAAUUCCUCAGGCUGCUACAGCUCAUGACUCGGCCUGGGAUUUCUUCAGCCGGCAGCCAAGUUCAUUACAUACUCUUCUAUGGGCUAUGGCAGGGCACGGCAUUCCUCGAUCGUUCCGCCAUGUCGAUGGAUUUGGUGUUCAUACCUAUCGUCUGGUAACUGAAUCUGGCAAGAGUAAGCUUGUUAAGUUCCACUGGAAGAGCUUGCAAGGAAGGGCUAGUUUCGUAUGGGAGGAGGCGCAGCAGGUCUCUGGCAAGAACACGGAUUAUAUCCGCGAAGACCUCUUCGACGCUAUCGAGGCAGGCCGUUUUCCUGAGUGGGAGCUCGGUGUUCAAAUCAUGGAUGAGGAAGAUCAACUGAGAUUCGGAUUCGAUCUACUUGACCCGACGAAAUUCGUACCCGAAGAAUACGUGCCCGUCACCAAGCUCGGGAAGAUGCAGCUCAAUAGAAAUCCUAGAAAUUAUUUCGCCGAGACUGAACAGGUUAUGUUUCAACCCGGGCAUAUUGUGCGCGGAGUCGACUUCACGGAUGAUCCUCUUCUUCAAGGUCGCCUUUUCUCUUACCUAGACACUCAAUUGAACCGUCAUGGUGGCCCCAACUUUGAACAGCUGCCAAUUAACCGGCCUCGAGUGCCAAUUCACAACAACAACAGAGAUGGAGCCGCACAAAUGUUCAUUCCAUUGAACAAAGACGCAUACACGCCAAACACUCCCAACAAUGGCUCUCCCAUGCAAGCCAACCAAACCGUCGGUAACGGCUUCUUUACAGCUCCCGGACGCACUGUUGGCGGAAAGCUCGUUCGCAAUGUCAGUCCCACAUUCUCCGAUGUUUGGUCGCAACCCCGGCUCUUCUGGAACUCCCUUGUUCCUGCCGAGCAGCAAUUCGUCGUGGACGCCAUGCGCUUCGAGAGUGCGAAUGUAGAGAGCUCUAUCGUACGAAGCAACGUGAUCUUUGAGUUAAACCGGGUCAGCAAUGAUCUUGCUAAGCGUGUCGCUGAGGCGAUUGGAGUUGACGCUCCUGAGCCUGACUCUACCUACUACCACGACAAUACAACGGCCAAUGUCGGAGCCUUUGGUCAGAAAUUGCUUAAGUUAGAAGGUCUGAAAGUGGGACUGCUUGCCUCUGUCCAGAAUUCAUCAUCGAUUGCGCAGGGUGCGCAGUUACAAAGCUAUCUUGCGUCAGUUGGGGUUGAUGUUGUGGUGGUAGGCGAGCGCAAGGCAGAUGGCGUGAAUCAGACUUACUCUAGCUCGGAUGCGGUCAACUUCGAUGCCGUCAUAAUUGCCGAUGGCGCUGCGGCUUUGUUCAACCCAGCUGCAACUGGAACUUCUCUGUACCCAGCAGGUCGGCCAUUGGAUAUUGUCAAUGAUGCGUUCCGAUUCGGCAAGACUGUCGGUGCACUUGGAAAUGGAUUCGCUGCGCUGCUUGCUGCGCAGGUUCCAACUGAUCGAGAUGGCGUCUAUACUGCGGACUCAAUCACCGAUGACUUUGUGACCGGUGUUCAAGAUGGUCUUCGCACUUUCAAGUUUUUGGAUCGCUUUGCCCUUGACAAGUGA